AUGUUUUAUUUACAUUAUAAUUCUUGGUCUUUUUAUGUUAAUCUUUGUCAAUGGUUCCUUUUUCUUUCAAAUUGGAAAUUGGUUCAUUUACAAAAUACUUUUACGGCUACAAUAAUUCUUAAACAACCAGGUACACAAUUUAUUCCUAUUAGUAUGUCAAUUCAAUUACUUUCAGUUAAUCUUGUUGAAUCAAUCAUGAAAUGUAGUAUGUUAUGUACUAAUAAUUUUCUAUGUGGUGUUUAUGAUUAUGAAGUAUCUGUACCAAGGCAAUGUCGACUUUUUGAAGGUAAUGCAAAUAAUAUGGGUUAUAUUGCUCCGUCAUCGUAUAUUCAAUCAAAUGUUGGUAUUGUUCAAUUGACAUCAGAUCUUUUUGAAGAAUAUGGACAAAGAUGUGUAUCUUCUUGUUAUCAAAGUCGAUAUCUACGAUGUAACAAUAAUUCUAAAUGUGAUUGCAUGCCACAUAGUUAUUGGAAUUCAUCAAUAUCAAUGUGCGUUCCACAAUUGGUAAAACGCGGUUCGCCUUGUCAACAGAAUAUGAAUAUGUGUCGAGAAGAUCUUAAUUAUACAUGUUUACAAUUUAAUCAAUGUGGUCCAAUAUCAAUACUUUCUGGUACAACAAUAAUCAACAGUUAUACAGUAAUUAAUGGAAGUUCAACUAUUGGUCUAAAUAGACCUAUUGGAAUCAGUGUAUUUUCAACAAAUGUUGAUUCAUUAGUUAUCGCAGAUUCCAAUAAUAAUCGUAUCAUUGGUGUAUGGGAUGCUAAUAAAAUGGGUCAAAAUAUUUCAGUAAUAGCCACUGAAUGGUCAUCUGGACAUUCAUUAUGUAAUCCUUUUGAUGUUUAUGUCGACAAUAGUAAUACAUAUAAUCUAUAUGUCAGUGAUUUUUGUAAUUCUCAAGUCGUACGAUAUACAAAUAUGCAAACUAUUAAUCCGCCUCCGCUUAUUGUAGCAGGUUAUCAACAAAGUACUGGAACAGGACUUCGAUAUUUAAAUGGACCAUUUGGAAUAGCUGCCGAUAGCCAUAAUAAUGUCAUAGUAGCUUCUUUAGCAGAUAGUCGAGUCCUAUUUUGGCGACCGAAUGCUACAAAUGGUACAAUAAUGGUUGAUUCUAGCACAAUUGGUAAUAGUUUGAUGAGUAACCAAGGACCAUGUGGUAUUGCAUUUGAUGAACAGAACUCGUUAUUAUAUGUUGCUGACACCUUCAAUCACAGAAUUAGACGUUAUUCAAUAAAUAAUAGUUGGCCUUGUAAUGGAACAACAGUGGCUGGUGGAAAUGGACCAGGUAGCAGAAGUAAUCAGUUAUAUUAUCCUAAUGAUGUAUGGGUAUCAAAGAAGACAGGAACUCUGUAUAUAGCAGACUCAGCUAAUAAUAGAAUUCAACGAUGGGAAAAAGGAGCAACCGAAGGUGUUACAAUUGCAGGAGAUCCCUAUGGUAAUAGAGGUACCAGUUCUACUUUGUUCGAUGAUCCAGUUAGUAUAACUAUCAAUGCUAACGAAACAUAUAUGUAUGUCACCGAUAUGUUCAACAAUCGUAUACAAAGAUUUGAGCUUAUCUAA